UUCUAUUUUGAAGCGUUAGUAUUUUAAGUUUAAAUAAAUACCACAAUGGGUUUCACUUUGGGCUAUGAAAAAAAUAGAAAUUAAGCACCUUCAUCUAUUAGAUGCAACUUAUUAAGUCAAGUAUAAUAAUAAGCAAAGAAAAUGUCAAAUCUAAAUUCAGUGAGACGAGAUGGAAAUUCAAAUGAAGAGAUGGCAACACAAACAUUGAAUGCACUACAAAUGCCGACUGAAGAAUCAUCUAGUGUAAUUCUAGAAGUAGAUGAUGUAACAAGUCGUCUUGUUAAAUGCUAUUCUUCCAGUGAAGGCUACAGUGAUUUCUAUGAAGAUGAGGAGGACUUUGGUCCAGGAUACAUGACAUUGUGUGAAGCUGCUAAUAUGGUCCGUUUAGAGAUACUGGAUGAAGAUGAUGAGUCUGAUGAUGAAGCAACCAAAGUUAGUGGAUUGGAUGAAAACAAUGAUGAUAAACUUUCAAAAGUAUAUUCUUGGACUGAUGAUUUUAAUACAUUCUCUUCUAAGAAAAAGACAUACAUGCGAUCUCCAGGGCCUACAAUAUAUUCACAGGAUCCUACUGAACUCUUCACAUUUAUAUGGGAUGAAGCUAUUGUAAUGUUGAUUGUGGAAGAAACAAAUAUGUAUGCCUGGCAAUCUAUUGAUACAUAUGCAGAGAUAGGAAAAGUUCCAAUAUAUUUGCAAACGUGGGUAGACACAACAAUUGAUGAAAUGUACAGAUUCCUCGCCAUUCUGUCGUUAAUGGGAAUACUAUACAGGCCAGAUAUUAAAGAAUAUUGGUGCACUAAAGGUUUUGGGAUGCCAUACAUACAAUCUAUAAUGUCAUUGGAUAGAUUCCGCCAAAUGCUUAAAUGUAUCCACUUCACAGACAAUUAUAUGCUGUCUCCAAAUUUACAAAGCAAUUCCCUCAAAGUGGCGAAAAUUGAGCCAAUCCUACAACAUUGUAAUGAUAGAUUUGCAGCGCUGUAUGUACCUAGGAGGGUAUUGAAGCUAGAAGAGUCCUUACUAUCUUGGAAUGGUAGGAUAAAAUAUGACCCAGAAGUAUGUAUAAAAUGUUUAGAACUGCGAGAAGCAAAGACUGGGUAUCUAAUUAGAUACAAAUUCCAGUCAUUUGAACCUAUAAAUGUACCUCAUGGUUUUGGGGAUGAAACUGCUAAUGUGGUUGAACUCAUGGAUGGUUAUUUAGAUGUGGGACAUUUGUUACUUGUAGACAACUGGUACAGGCAAUUAUCUCUGAUGAGAUAUUUAAAAACAAGGUCUACAGAUGUGGUAGGGUCAAUCAAAAGGUGUCGUAAAGAACUUCCUGUGGAAGUAAGAAAAGCUAAUAAAGGUAUCAUUCGGGCGUCUCCAGGACAACAUAUCAGCAGACAUUCUGGGGACAUAUCUGUAACUACUUCUUAUAACUAUGGUCUGCUAACUUUGGCAUCCACAUACCAUAAAAACGAUUUCAAACGCGGACAACCAGCAGUCGUGAAGACUUACAAGAAAUACACCUUAGAUACAGAAACAGAAGACCAAAUAUUAUCAACUAAUUUGUUUGCAAAGAAGAGGUCCCAGAAAUGGUACUUUAGAGCAUUCAGAAGUUUAAUUCAUACGAGUAUUUUGAAUGGAUAUAUUAUUUAUAGUCACAAUCCGAUUUCGAAGCGAUACCUGUCUCAAACGGAUUACUUCCUUGGAGUUUGUAAGGGUUUGUUGUCGAAAUAUCCCAAACCUAGUGCACCAUCUCCUGUUCCCUCGUCAGUGAGAUUAAACCAAUACAACCAUAGCCCAAAAUUAUCUAAGCAUAAAUCUAAAGAACUAAAAUGCAGAAGGUAUUAAGUA